GGGUGUACGAAAGACUCGUCAUUUUUGUAGCACAUACAUAGAAUAAACUAACAUUUACAAAAAAAUUCAAUACAACCAUAAAAUGGACGAUACUGAGGACUAUUGUGCAAUUUGUCUGUGCCGCAAACAUCGCAUUGUAAGCACCCCCUGCAAGCACACAUUUUGUAAGCGCUGUCUCAAGAAGGUCUACGAUGUCUGCCCCACCAAGGUCUGUCCGCUGUGUCGAGCUCCUUUCGAGUAUUAUAUUCGUGAACGUGGCUCUGGCAUAAAGAUCGUAUUUUUGACAUAGUGGCCUGUGCCAAUAGUCGAAGUUGACAAUAACUGUCUAACCAUAAUGUUUAGUUAAUUAAAUUUAGCGGUUUUUAUAUUUAAAUU